UGCAGCCGGCUGGGAAGUCUGCACGCCUUGCCUGAAGGAGCUGGAUGCCUUCUGGAUCAAACAUGAAUGACCUGCUGAAGGUGCCCCUGUUGCACGUCCUCACCCUGGCAGCCCUUAACUUGGCUGAGACACUUCUGAAAGCUCCCUUGAUCAGCACUCCUCUGGAAACAGUGGAUGCCCUGGUAGAAGAUGUUGCCAAGUUUGUCUGUGUAGUGGAGUCAUAUCCUGAGCCAGAGAUCACAUGGACACGCAACAGCAUUCCCAUCAGGCUGUUUGACACACGGUACAGCAUCCAGAGGAAUGGGCAGCUGCUGACCAUCCUGAGCGUGGAGGACAGUGAUGAUGGGGUGUACUGCUGCACAGCAGAUAAUGGAGUUGGAGCAGCUGCACAGAGCUGUGGGGCUCUCCAGGUGAAAAUGCGACCCAAAAUAACCCGUCCACCUGUAAAUGUGGAAAUAAUAGAAGGAUUAAAGGCUGUUCUUCCAUGCACUACAAUGGGGAAUCCAAAACCUUCUGUUUCAUGGGUCAAAGGAGAAACAGUUGUAAAGGAGACUGCUCGCAUUGCUGUCCUCGAUUCUGGGAAUUUAAGGAUACACAAUGCUCAGAGAGAAGAUGCAGGACAGUAUCGUUGUGUAGCCAAGAACAGUUUGGGCACAGCCUAUUCGAAACCUGCAAAUGUGGUAGUGGAAGUGUUUGCCAGAAUCCUGAAGGCUCCUGAAUCCCAAAACAUCACCUUUGGGUCCGUGGUGACAUUGCGGUGCACAGCGACCGGCCUUCCAGUCCCUACUGUCACCUGGCUGGAAAAUGGGAAAGCUGUUUCUGUGGGGUCGAUAGCAGAAAGUGUCAAGGACAGAGUGGUUGAUUCCAGACUGCAAGUGUAUGUCACCCGACCUGGCCUGUUCACUUGUCUUGCCACAAACAAGCACAGCAAAACUUUUGGAGCCGCAAAAGCAGCAGCAACCAUCAGCAUUUCAGAAUGGAGCAAGCUGUACAAGGGUGACGCAGGCUACUGCAGCACAUACAGAGGUGAGGUGUGUAGUGCUAUCUUGGCGAAGAAUGCUCUUGUUUUCUUCAACUCCUCGUAUGCUGACCCAGAGGAGACCCAAGAGCUGCUUGUGCACACUGCCUGGACUGAACUGAAAAUGGUGAGUUCAUUCUGCCAACCGGCUGCUGAGUCUCUGCUGUGUAACUACAUCUUCCAGGAGUGCAAUCCCUCGGGAGCUGGGCCAGCUCCAAAACCAGUGUGCAGAGAGAAUUGCCUUGCUGUAAAGGAUCUCUACUGCUUUAAGGAAUGGCUCUCAAUGGAGGAGAACUCUCAGAAGGGGAUUUACAAGCCAGGGCUGAUGCUACUCACUCUUCCUGAAUGCAACAGGUUGCCCAGCCUGCACCAGAAUCCCAGCUCCUGUACCCGCAUCCCUUUCUUUGAUUUUAAGGAGGAGAACAUAACCAGGACUUGCUACAGUGGCAAUGGCCAGUUUUACCAGGGCACAGCCAAUGUCACAGCAUCUGGCAUUCCCUGCCAGAAGUGGAGUGAUCAGGCUCCCCAUUUGCACAGGAGGACUCCUCAGGUUUUCCCAGAGCUGUUUGAUGCUGAGAAUUACUGCCGCAAUCCAGGAGGUGAGAACGAGCGUCCCUGGUGCUACACAAAGGAUCCAGCUGUGACCUGGGAAUACUGCAGCGUGUCUCCCUGUGGAGAUGCAUUGUUAUCCCUGGGAACAAGAAAACCAAGUGGAGAGACUCUAAAUCUUCCCCCUCCUCCUCCAUUUUCCCCUACAUACUCCAUGACUGUUAUCAUCUCAAUCAUCUCCAGCUUCGCUCUGGUUAUGAUCUUUGGCAUUAUCACCCUGGUUUGCUGCCGUCGUCGAAAACAGUGGAAAAACAAAAAAAGAGAGUCUGAGACACCAACUCUCACCACUCUGCCCUCUGAACUGCUCCUGGACCGGCUGCACCCCAACCCCAUGUACCAGCGGAUGCCUCUUCUCCUCAAUCCAAAAUUGCUUAGCCUGGAGUAUCCCAGGAACAAUAUUGAAUAUGUGAGAGAUAUUGGGGAGGGAGCAUUUGGGAGAGUCUUCCAAGCCAGGGCCCCAGGGCUGCUGCCGUAUGAACCUUUCACCAUGGUAGCAGUGAAAAUGCUGAAGGAGGAAGCAUCUGCAGACAUGCAGGCUGACUUUCAGAGGGAAGCAGCUCUCAUGGCAGAGUUUGACAAUCCAAACAUUGUCAAGCUUUUAGGCGUGUGUGCGGUUGGCAAGCCGAUGUGCCUGCUGUUCGAGUACAUGGCCUACGGGGACCUGAACGAGUACCUGCGUGACCGCUCGCCCCGCAACCUGUGCAGCCUGGCGCAGGGCAGCCUGGACACGCGGCUGCGCCUCCCGAACCCCCUGGCGCUCUGCUGCACCAGCCAGCUCUGCAUCGCCAAGCAGGUUGCUGCCGGCAUGGCAUACCUCUCCGAGCGCAAGUUCGUCCACCGGGAUUUGGCCACCAGAAACUGCCUGGUGGGGGAGAACAUGGUGGUGAAAAUUGCAGAUUUUGGUCUCUCAAGGAACAUGUAUUCAGCUGACUAUUACAAAGCAAAUGAGAACGAUGCCAUCCCCAUCCGCUGGAUGCCCCCUGAGUCCAUUUUCUACAACCGCUACACCACGGAGUCCGAUGUGUGGGCCUAUGGGGUGGUGCUGUGGGAGAUCUUCUCCUACGGCAUGCAGCCUUACUAUGGGAUGGCUCACGAAGAGGUAAUCUACUAUGUGAGGGAUGGGAACGUCCUCUCCUGCCCCGACAAUUGUCCUCUGGAGCUCUACAACCUGAUGCGCCUCUGCUGGAGCAAGUUGCCUGCCGACCGGCCAGGCUUUGCCAGCAUCCACCGCAUCUUGGAGCGCAUGUAUGAGAGGGCUGUGGCCAACAUGUCUGUCUGAGGGAUACAGUUCCCUCCCUGUCUCCUGUGUCCACCUAUUUAGACUGACUUGGACCAGCCCAAGAGCUCCUGAUCAAUGGUGGCUUCACACAAUAUCUCACUCAGGGAGGAGAAAAGAGCUUGUUCCACUGCCAAACAAGAAAUACAGACUGUAUCCCUUUAUGCACCUCCUUGAGCGGGACUGUACCUCCCAAACAACAGGGUUGACCUUUAGCCACCAAGACAGGACUCCUCAGGUUGGUGAGAGGGCUGGUCAUACUAACUCAGUACUUAGCAUUUCCAGGAGUAAAAAGUUGCCCAGGGAAGGCAAACUAAUGUUUCUUCCUAAGCACUGUUUCUUCCCUUCCUAAGAGAUCCCACCAUGCCCUUCUGCAUUUACACUCUUGGCUUUUACCUUUUUUCCCUCUUUCUCCUACAUUUUCUAGUAUUAUUUAAAAAAAAAAGGUUGCAGAGUUCAAUCUUCUUUUGGGGAUACCAUUUAUUAUGUUAUUUUUGCAUACUGUUUACUAUUUGGUGUUUGCAUACUCAGUCCUUUUUGCAGAAAAAGGAUGUUUUUGGAGCCAUAGGCCACUUUCAUCUUACUUUUAACUUUCACUCUCUCUCAUUACAAUAACACUGACAGAGUCAAAACAGGAACCUGCUGGACCACUGGCAGCCACUUGCAUCUUCUGUUACAGAGACAGGCAAACUCCUGUCGAGCAUGACACUUUCUGUUUUCCAGUGUGGGAUGUCCAGAGUCACGUUCCCUUGAUGUUUGUUAAAGUCUCAUCUAAAACCUUUCCUUAAGCAUUGCAGCACAUCUUAUCUACCUUCCCCUGAAGCAACAAAGCCAUUUGUUGCUGUGGGAGAAAUUCAUCCCAAAGGCCUGGUGCUGCACCUCGCAGGCAUCCAAGGUGUAUUUAUUUGCCGCUGCCCAUUCCUCACCCAUGCCAAAAGCAGAAAGAAAUGAAUCCCUUCUUGCAGAAGCAUGGCAGGUUGUAUUAAUUACUUAUUUCCUUUUCCUUUGCAAUCUUUGCCUCCUGUUUCUUGUUUCCUUUCCUGACAGAUUCUCCUGUAUCUGACUGCAAUAUUUGCUGGCCACCUUUCCUUGUGCUGCAGUUUAGAGAUAGAGAAGUAAGAAAGGUGGAUGUCUGCCACAAGUGUCCUUCAGAGACUACCUGUCAGUUAGGAGAAGGUGGAGAAAGUGGGUGAACACAAGAAGAAUUGCAAACUGUCCAUCUACAGGGCAAAGAUGAGACUGCCUCGGUUACACAUAGCCUACAGCCCAUCUCUAAACACCACAUGUUUCUCUACUAAAAGUUCUCCAAAUUGUAACAGAUACUUCA